GGAGAAAGAAUGCUGACAGGAGUUCCACGGUUCUCCCGCCGCCUCAGCUCUUGCCAACGCUUCAGCCUCCAUCUCUACAUUUUGGGAGUUCGGCACCAUGCAGUGAUCCAGGACCAAGCGAAAGUCCUGGUGAAAUCUAACACCCGAGGGCACGUCCAAUUCCUCCCGUGGUGAGGAGCAGCGCUGGGUUGCCCGGCAACUAAUUGCUACAAAGGCGACAGAAGGGGCAUCCCAGAGGAGGCGCCGGGAUUGGCCCUUUAAACGUGACCUGCGGGCGAAGCAGAGCUAAAACUGACGUGGAGCCAGACAGUGAGCGGUGUCAGCCACGUGGUACAAGGAGGCGUUCAUUUUGGAACUGGGCGAGGGGUGUUUCCACUCUGCGCUGUUUAUCUCUAAUAUAAUGUUAGAAAAGUAUCCGAUCUUGUUUUUCUUUCUUUAAUUGCUUUUCCAAUACUCCCGUUUUGACUCCUCUCUCGAACAAAGAAAACGGCUUAAAAUAACUUGUUCUCCCUCCAGCGCCCACAUCAAAAAUGGCGGCCGCCGCCUUCCGUAGCAGAGUUGCGCCACUAUCAGGAUCCGGGCGGAAACAGCGGGUAGGCAGGUGCAGCCGGGCACAGCCUGGCUUGCUUUUUACAGCCUCCGGGAGGGGUCCCAAGGGCAGUUUAAGUCAGAGUUGUUGAGUUUUGCCCAGGCUGGUGCAGGAAGGCGCUGCCGGUGAGAAACGGUCACUCCUUGCUGCUGAGGCCUCCGGGCUGUUUGCCCAGCUGGCCGGUUAGCUGAGGAGGCGACGCAGAGGGGACCCUGGCGGGUCACCAUGUGGGCCUUCCCGGAGUUGCCGAUGCCGCUGCUGGUGAAUUUGAUCGGCUCGCUGCUGGGAUUUGUGGCUACACUCACACUCAUCCCGGCCUUCCGCGGCCACUUCAUCGCAGCGCGCCUCUGUGGCCAGGACCUCAACAAACCCAGCCGGCAGCCGAUCCCGGAGUCCCAGGGAGUGAUCAGCGGUGCUGUUUUCCUUAUCAUCCUCUUCUGCUUCAUCCCUUUCCCCUUCCUGAACUGCUUUGUGGAGGAGCAGUGUAAGGCGUUCCCCCACCAUGAAUUUGUGGCCCUGAUAGGUGCUCUCCUGGCCAUCUGCUGCAUGAUUUUCCUGGGCUUUGCUGACGAUGUACUGAAUCUGCGCUGGCGCCAUAAGCUGCUGCUGCCCACAGCUGCCUCACUACCUCUCCUCAUGGUCUAUUUCACCAACUUUGGCAACACCACCAUUGUGGUACCCAAGCCCUUGCGCCUGAUUCUCGGCCUACAUCUGGACUUGGGGAUCCUGUACUAUGUCUACAUGGGGCUGCUGGCAGUAUUCUGUACCAACGCCAUCAAUAUCCUAGCAGGAAUUAAUGGCCUAGAGGCCGGCCAGUCGCUGGUCAUUUCUGCUUCCAUCAUUGUCUUCAAUCUGGUGGAGCUGGAAGGUGAUUAUCGUGAUGAUCACGUCUUUUCUCUCUACUUCAUGAUACCCUUUUUCUUCACCACCUUGGGGUUGCUCUACCAUAACUGGUACCCGUCACAGGUGUUCGUGGGAGAUACCUUCUGUUACUUUGCCGGCAUGACCUUUGCUGUGGUGGGCAUCCUAGGACACUUCAGCAAGACCAUGCUGCUCUUCUUCAUGCCCCAGGUGUUCAACUUCCUCUACUCACUACCUCAGCUCCUGCAUAUCAUCCCCUGUCCUCGACACCGUAUACCCAGACUCAAUACCAAGACAGGCAAACUGGAGAUGAGCUAUUCCAAGUUCAAGACCAAGAGCCUCUCUUUCUUGGGCACCUUUAUUCUAAAGGUAGCAGAGAGCCUCCAGCUAGUGACAGUGCGCCAUGGUGAGGAUGAGGAUGGCGCCUUCACUGAGUGUAACAACAUGACCCUCAUCAACUUGCUGCUUAAAGUCCUUGGGCCCAUACAUGAGCGAAAUCUCACAUUGCUCCUGCUGCUGCUGCAGAUCCUGGGCAGUGCUGUCACCUUCUCCAUUCGGUACCAGCUUGUUCGACUUUUCUAUGAUGUCUGAGUCCCCUGCUCAUUGUUCUUCACCUCUGCCUCCAGAGUUUCUGAUUUGGGCCUACCUCUGUCUGGACCAAGACUGCUUCCUGGCCCAGGCCUUUCCCAGCCUUCAUUCUCCUCCAGAUUUUGUUCUCAGCAUUUCCGUCCCCCUGUGAUUUUUGACAUUGUGGGCCUUUCUUGCCCUCCAAUGCCUGAUUGGUUGGACUUUGCCUAUGGUUUUCUUCGACUUGCCAUUGUCUCCCUCUCCACCCCAUCUUUGGAGCCUCCUAAAUUGGGAUCCAGCAGCUUUAAUGCAGUUAUCCACAAUUCAGCUUUUAGAAUCCUGUUGCUCAAGGAAUAUGCCGGGCCUUGGGAUGGAAUCUGGGCUGGGGAUAGAGGCACAGGUUCGACAAUGACUUGACAUUGACCAUACAUGAAGUGUUCUGAUUAGUAAGGAGACUGGAGAGCCAGGUGCUCCCAAGAGUCACAAUAAAGUACUGUCUUUUUCUUGUUGUU